CGGGGCGGGGUGCGCGCAUGCGCGGAGAGAGGCGGCGGGUGCUGCGGAGCCGGGGCUGCCGGGGCUGUGGGCGCCAUGUCGGGCCGCUCGGUGCGCGCCGAGACCCGCAGCCGCGCCAAGGAUGACAUCAAAAAAGUGAUGGCGGCCAUCGAGCGCGUCCGCAGAUGGGAGAAGAAGUGGGUGACGGUGGGCGACACCUCGCUGCGGAUAUUCAAGUGGGUGCCGGUGGCGGACAGCAAGGAGAAAGAGAAAUCCAAAUCAAGUAGCAGCACUGCCCGAGAACCCAAUGGCUUCCCAGCUGACACCUCUGCCAACUCCUCUCUCCUCCUGGAGUUCCAGGGUGCUGUUUCUGCAGAUGAGAACAGCAACCAGAGCUCUCUGUCGGAUGUCUACCAGCUCAAGGUGGACAGCAGCCCCAACUCCAGCCCCAGUCCCCAGCAGAGCGAGUCCAUGAGUCCUGCCCACACGUCCGACUUCCGCACGGAUGACUCGCAGCCACCCACACUGGGGCAGGAGACACUGGAAGAGCCUUCCCUGCCUUCCUCGGAAGUUGCAGACGAGCCUCCCACUCUCACAAAGGAAGAGCCAGUCCCCCUUGAGACUCAGGUAACUGAAGAGGAGGAGGACUCUGGUGCACCGCCUCUGAAGAGAUUUUGUGCCGAACAGAACUCUGUGUGCCACACGGCCUCGGAGAGCUAGCCUGCCCGUCCCUGGGGAGAGCGCCUUCGCCAGCCCCUCGCAGAGCUGCCUGCCCUCCCCCGUGGGACGGGGUUCUUCCCCCUAUUCUGCCCCUUCCCCAGGGCUGGGCACUCCUGCCACUUGCCAUCCAGUCUGCCCUGCCCUGCCCUGCCCUGCCCUGCGCUCAGCAGCAGGAGCUUCCCGCCAGCCCCGGCAGCGGCAGCCUGCGCUCCCUGGGGCGGACGUGGUUGCCACCAGUACCUGCAAAUUUGCCUCUAUUUAUUGGCUCCCUCUCUCCCUGCUGACCUGUCUUGUGGGGGUCUCUGGCGGGUGGUCUGCAUGUGCAGGGGGACUUGUCCGUGGGGCUCCCUGCUCUCUGUGGCCCCCAAGGUGCUGGCAGACGGUGUUUGCCUGCUCCUGGCUCCCCUGCCUGCCCUCCCCUGGGUGCUGGGAAGGGGAGAGCUGCCUUCCACCCGCACGAGCUGCUGUGCCUGCUCCCCUGUGAACGUGGGCAGAAGGUGGGGUGCAUGGGGGGCCCUGGGGGGUGAGGCCGAGCUCAGGGGCUGCGCUGGGAUGCUGUGCAAUAAGCUGCUAGAGUUUAAGCCAUUAGUGUUGGGAGAGACAGGAGUGCUCCCUUUGUGGAGGGCAGGGGCUGGCAAAGCCCCCAUGGGACAGACACCCCCCCAGUUCUGGGGUGGCUGCUGCCUACUCACCCUGCUGCUGCCCUGGACCCCCCCCACACCCACCCCCAGAGCCGGGGGAGCUGCUUCCCUGCAUCUGCCGCCCCCCGCCCCCUGCCCAGCUCUAGGGACCUCUGGGUCGGGGAAGGAGGCAGCAGGGCACCGGGCCCCCCGGGAGACCCCGUCCCUGCUCCCAGUGUGCCCCGCCCCCCCACCCCCGCUGCCACUGCAUGUCCUGCCGAGUCUGUGAUCGAGCCUGGCGAAGCCGAAGGCGCGGCCGCGCGUGAAGUGGAAAGUUAUUUUAGCACUGAAUAGAAUAUUUUUAAAAUUAAACUAUUUGAAAUACA